AUGGCAAAUGAAUCCUUCCCGCGACCGCUGCGCAACGAGCCUUUGUGCCCACUCCCAGAAGACUAUGCUUUGCGAGGGUUUGCAUUUUCAAAAAACUACUUCCCUGCCGAUUGGUUUUCUAACGAGAAGCUUGAAGAUGCUGAAAAGAUGUUCGAGCCGCCCUCCUUGGGCGACAAGCGACGCCAACGUCUGCAUUGGCUUGGACACCAGAUCUGCAGUCUGGGAACCUGGAUCAAGUGGAACACAGGCUCAAGCCGUUAUACUACGGCCGAGGAGGGUGAAAGGCGGCGACAGGUUUCUAGCACAGAGAGCCCUGGUGGCGGCAAGUACCCUCACUAUGCUGCGCCUGCUGACUUACGGUCUCGAGUCUCUGGUGGCCAAACUGGCUCGCCUGCUCCUUCAAGUUCUCUGCGCCAACCAGGCGUGCCCGCUACCACCAGCCAGCAAGCACCAAUGACCAAGAUGAGCCGGAGCGAUUUUGACGAGACGAUGAUCGACCGUUUAAAUUGCCAAUUCUGUCGCCGCUGA